UUAUUGAUGUACAACAAUUUUUUCAUUUAUUAUUAUGAAAAGGGUGGAAGAUCCUUAAAAUCCCUUUUAAAUUUCAUUAUUGUUAGAUCAAACUCAACGUACGAAAUUGUAGUAGGGCAAAUGUAGAGAUUUAUAGGUUAUGAUUUGUGAUUGAUUAUUUCAUAUUUGAAUUUUUUAUAAUCUAGUUGAUCUUUUUCUCUUUUUCACCAUAAUUUGAAAUAAAACAAUUUGUGUAGCUAUGGCAGAUGAUUAUGAAAAUAUACCAUCCAUAACUGUGAAAGAACCAUUAGAUCUAGUCAGACUAAGUUUGGAUGAAAGAAUUUAUGUGAAAAUGAGAAAUGAUCGUGAAUUAAGAGGCAGGCUACACGCUUAUGAUCAGCAUAUGAAUAUGAUACUUAGUGAUGCUGAAGAAACCAUUACCACAGUUGAAAUAGACGAGGAGACUUAUGAAGAAGUUUACCGUACAACUAAACGUAAUAUUCCUAUGAUGUUUGUCCGUGGUGAUGGAGUUAUUUUAGUUUCACCACCAAUGAGGACCUCAUAAUUUUUUAGUGUUGGAACCAUAGGCUAAGUGAAUUAUUACAGUAAAUUGUAAAAUAGGUUGAUAUAACUCAUUAUGAUUUCAACAGCUGCAUGUAUAGUUUUCACUAAUUGAAAAAAGAAAAAUUCAAUGUAAUGAAGAUUAUAUGUGAAAUCCGAUUCAUUACUAAGUAAACGUAUUUUUUUCACUUUAAAAA